AUGCCUGACACACCAUCUCCCCCUCUACAGUCCCUGUACAUCUUGGCACAUAGGUGUCUGCAGCUACACAGGUAUGAAGAUGGUUCACAGAGAUACCUGGACUUGUUGGCGGCUCUCUCUGAAGCUUCUCACCUGACACAGGUCGACGAUGUUUCUACCCGUGUGGUAAAUCUACCACAUAUCAGAACAAUCUACAAGGAAACUGCAGAAUGCCUCCUCAAUGCUGAGAAUUACGAAGACUGUAUCAUCGUCUGCGACAAGGCUCUUGAGUCUGUCAGUCUUACCCUCAACAUGUCUGCUACCUCCUUUGGAGCAGACGACAUCAGCAAUCUUCUUGGUCAAGAUGACAGUGAAGAUCUGUCACAAACUAUAGGUACCAAUUCCAGAAAGAGGCCAAGAUCUUACUCCUGUGAACUCGCUCCAGCCAAUCAGAAUGAAGACGACUGGCAAGAUGUUCAACAUCAUAUGACCUUGACAUUGUUUAAAACAGAUGCCUUAAUUGCCUUGAAAGACUAUGAAACUGCAUCAGAUUCAUUACACAGGGCCGUUGAAGCGCUUCUGGAAUGCCGUGGACGAUGGUCGGAGGUUGCGGAAGCUGAUAUCCAGAUGACCUCCGAACCUGUCCCCAAACGACGGAGAACAGUAAAUGAGGAGGAGGUUUUAAUUAAAACAGAUUGUAGUCCCUGCCUUGAGUGGAAGUCCCUUCUAGUGCAAGCUUGUUGCAAGUUCUCCAGCCUCCUGGCAGACCAGGGGAAGACAGCAGACGCCCUUCACUACUCUCGGAUAGCUGUACAGACUCUCCCAGGUACAGCACUAUCCCCACACCACCUAGGUACAGUUGCCACUAUCUCCGACUCUCAGUGGCCACCCCAUGUUAUUCCGUUAAUAAAAUUGUGA